AUUAUUUACUAACGAGGAGAACAGUAAUUUACGAUUCAAAUGUAUGUAAAAACUUUCUUUCGGAAUCAACUGAACCCAUCUUUAGGAAGAAACAGUAUUGCUAAUUAAGAGAAAAAGCAAAACUUCAAGUGCUUGAAGAGAACGACCAUCAACCUCUACAUCAAAAGGCUUGUUACUAGUUCUGAUAUCUCCACUAAAGCGUCCUUGCUUUUGCCAUAGAGUAUAAUGGAGACAGAGUUGAAUUACGGAUUGAUGUUGUCACUCAAGGAGAUUACCCUCAGAAGAGUUGUCAUCAUUUUAUGGAGUCAAACUGAUAUUUUAUCUUCACAGGACUCUUCUAAUAUUAACUAUCAGGUCGAGAAUAACAUCAGGAAACUUGAGUUAAUUCCAGUGCUAACGGAGCAGAUGAUAUACUUAAUGCAGCAUAUUGAAUCAGAAAUAUUGAAUUGGCGCAUUUUUCAUGAACAUUACUUAGAGAUGCCCGAGGGUUUCGACGCACGUAUUUUACAAUUACUCAGUUGGACAGUUUCGGGAGCUGUCGAAUAUCAAAAAUCAGCAGAAGACAUUAUAGAUCAUGAAAUAUUUGACACUACUAAAAAUUACAAAUUAGCUUGCUUAUAUUGCCUGGAUAAUCGCAUUCCGAUUCUUUGGGAACAGUUACCUGAGAAGAGUAAAAGAUAUUUUUAUGAAAAAGAUAUUUUGCAAAUUCAAGAUGGAACAGUACUUCAUCUUGAGUUCUACUGGCCUUAUAUUCUGGAAGAAGAAGAAGAUAACCUGUCCUUUAUAUUUGAAAUAUCCAUAGGAAAUACGAUUAGCUAUAAACAGUAUGCAUUUGAAUAUUCAGCAUCUCAAGGUAAUAAAGCAGCAGCUGAAUACUUUUUUAGAAAAUUAACAGAGGAUGAAAUAGAAGCUUCAUUAUUCAGAGUUUGCCAGUUUGUCGUAAUGAAGAGAACACGAUAUGGUCUUAAGAAAACAGAUUUCCCACGUGUGAAAAUUUCUGAUACUUUCUGUUAUUUUUUAUCCUUAUUGAGUGUAGACAGACAGAUGACAAUUUUUAAGACUUUCCCUCGUGACGUUUUGAUAUGUUUUCUUGAUUGGCCGCGGCAAAAUCUUUUUUUAGACAUCGCAAAACUUAUCUGGGAUUAUCUUACUACAAUUGAUUACGUCUUUCUACUAGAGGAUAUUUCUAUGAGAAUUAAAUCAGAUUACACACUUGCAAAAUUAUUUCAAGAAUUCUUUCUACUGGGCUCUAACGAUUUUAGGAAAUAUUUUGUAAAUCAAGAAAGUGAGUUUGCCUCUUGUUUCCAAGCACUUUUUAAAAUUCGUGAUUCAGAAACUAUCAAACUAAUUUUUAUGAAUAUUGAUUCUGAAGCGAAAAAGAAACUUGCCUGUUCUGAGCGUGUUUUCAAACUUUAUGAAAGGGAGGUAAAGAAAGGUGAUUGGUACUUAGUUGGAUUGUGCCUUGAAGAGUCCAGGCUCUCUAAAGAAGACAAGGAAGGAAUAAUGGACACUCUUUCAAAAUUUGCUGAGUGCCUCCAGAAAGAGGAAAAGAUCCUUGAGAGAAAUCUUAAUACAGAUUAAAUGAAAGUAAAUAAAAGACUCCUGGAAGGCGAGGAAAAUAUGUCUAAAACACAUAAAAAGAUAGUUUUAUGUAAUACAGAAGUAUAUGGCAAUCUUUUGAAGAGAUCUUGGCAACUUAAAACAAUUUGGCGAGCAAAUAAUUGACACUAAAAAUGAAAAAUUCCGUAUUUUGUAUUUUUCUAAUGAGUUAUAUUUCAAUAGUAAAAAAAAUAAUAAUAAUUAAUUAUAAAUUAUUUACUUUUUUCCCCUGAGAGGAGGUACGUGGGAGUUAUUGCAUUUUUUGUAUUUAAUUCAAAAAUCCACAAAAACCUAAGAACGUCAUGUCAGUUCACAUACUGAAAAGUUAUGCAAUUUAAAUUGCAGCAAGAUAAGAAAUAGUUUCCACCUCCUAUGAUAUCUCAACCCUUAGGAGAAACUAACAGACUAAUAAGAAACUAACUCUCUUCAAAGAAAUUCGUGGUUGAUAAUAUUUACUCCUUUAUUGCUAUGCCAUACUCGUUUUAGAAACUGUAUAAUUUUUCAUAUGCACUUUUACACAAAAAGUAUAAAUUGUAGCAGUAAAUUAGAGUCAGUGGUCUCCAAAAAAUUUCCCACGUACUUUUUAAUUAAGGUCUUACGCUCUUCUCCCCACAUCAGGUAUUAACUUAAUAACCUUACAUGGCGUUAGCAAACAAUAGUUACGAAAUAUAGAUCUGUGGCGUUAACCUAACAUUUUUACUGAAUGUUUUGUGUAAAUAUAUAUUUUGAACACUUUUUUUUAAGCCGAAUGAAAUCAAAAUUUGACACGGAGUUACAGUUGCACUCCAAAAACAAUAUCUUUGUCCAUUAACUUAUGUCAUUCCGCUUAUGAAUUAUUGCGUUUAUUUCCAUGCGAAAGCACAGACAGAUAAAUAGUCAAACCUAAUAGUAUUAGUUCCAUAUUUGAUAAGAAUCUAUAUUUCAAGCUCUAAACUGUGUGCCAAAUUUAAUCAGCUUAUUUCUUUGCGUAUUGUAGUUAUCGAGUUUUUAAUCGAACAACCAGAAUUCCUGUGUAUGGAUUUCGUUCAAAAUUUGACAGAAAUUUACAAAUAUCAUUUAUUUUGUUUUACAUCACUUGUGAAUGUAGGGAUUUUAAAUUGGUAAAGGAAUUAUGUUUUUACUAAUAAUAAUCUAGGUUUAUAAAGAAAAGUAAAAACAAAUACAAGAUUGACAAAAUUGUAUUUCUAUUAUGAAAAACCAUUAUCAUAUUAUUAUGCUAUUUAUUGCCUUAUUUUACUUCAAAUAAUUUUAUCUCUAUUAUGACAAAAUCUUAAAAAGAUUGUCAGGAAUUUAAACCGUCAAAAACAAAAAAAAAUAUGUAUCCAAGAGAACGGAAAAACCUAUCGUACAAGGCACAUUCGAAUCUACAUCCAUUUAACUGGUGCACCGUUGAUAUUCCAACUUGUCUUUUGUAUUUAUAGUCUAGGCAUAUUGAGAUAAUCUUUUAUUUUGCUUAAAUUUUAAUUGCAAUUAAGUAAAGCAAUGAAAAUUUGCAUUUUAUCAAUGAAAUUAUUAACAUUAACAUUUUUGAAUACUAACAUUUGAUUUUUAAUAAUUCCAAAAAUUUGAUUAAAAGCUUUUCCAGGAUUUUUUUCUACUCGGUCCUAAUGAUUUCAAAAAAUAUUUUGUGUCUCAAUAAUGCCACUCUGCGAUAUUGUCUUCUUCGACUUUUCAAUUCAAAUCUCUGAAAUUGAAGCUGCAGAAUCGAUGAAAGUAAUUUUCAGAAAUAUAGAUUCUGCGGAUAGAAAGAGAUUAGUCACUUCUAAAUUUUUUUUUCAGUUAUUUUUAUACUAUGCUUUUGAGUGACGAAUGGCACUUAGUUGAGCCGUACUUUCAAGAGUCUACACUCUCUAAAAAAGACAAGAAAAAUGUCAUGGAAGCAUUUUUAUUAUUCUUGAAAACGAAUAAAGAAAAAAAAGACCAACUUAACAGGAAGUAGCUGGGAACGAUUUUUUCAAUUUUUUUUGUGAAAGAGAAGAGAAAGUUCCUAGUACGAAAGUGGAUUUUUAAAAAAUCUGUGAAAACACCUAAAAUGCAAUGAAGAGAAGGCUAGUCAAUAAUGAGACAAACAUUCAGGGGGGGGGGGACGUGGAGUUCUAAAACAGCAUCGAUAUAAAACUAAAAAUAUACAUUAAUAAAUGCGCACAGAAUUCACGCCUUAGACUUUUAAAGCCUUGAAAAAAUAAAAGAGUGCUUUAAAAUGGCUUAAAACAAAAUUAAUGGCAAAACAAAAGUUGAAUAAAGAUGAAGGAUUUUCAGUGUGGUAUGCUAUAAUUUUCAAUAGAGAUUGUGAACGAAUUUUAUGAAUUCCUUAAAUCUUCAAGAUGCCAAUCUUCAUGUGCCAUCUGCAAGUCUUGAAAAGUUGGACUAAGCCGAUACUGCAAUGUACUGCCAUUGUGUGAAUUCUAAAUACACACCUAGACUUAGAAGAGAAUAUUUGUCCUGCCGUACGCUAUCAUUUUUCUGUUUUAAAGAGUGUGUUCCACUGAUAUAAGGGUGCAUGAAAUCCGAUCAGUAAUCAUAAUUUUUACGUGAACAGGACUAAUAUAAAUCAUUAUGAACAAGACGCAACAUAUUUCAAUAUCUAAAUAAAUUAUUCACUUACAGAAAAAUAGAACUGUCAGUGACUCAAUCACAUGGUCUGGCAUUAAUUGUGUUGUAAAUAAACUGUGCUGAAUGCUUAAAUGAUAAGCAAUGUGAGCACCCAAUCUCUUCACAGUGUAUAUAUAUUUACAUUUAAUGUGUAAGCUCAUUUUAUUAUAAGUUU